GCAUUCUCGGGGUCUGCGAACAAGCCUAAGGAGCCGCUUGCAGUGCGGGAGCGCGGGAGGGCGUCAUGUUGAAGAAGAUUAUUGAAAGGCAGUCCCCGCCCAAGUUGCUCGAAAAGAAGCGGGCAAAGGCACCUGAACAGCCCACUCCCCCAAUUCAGGAAGAGCCUGAGCCUGUCAGCAAUGUCCUACAAGGAGAUGACAUUCUUGCCUUGGCCAUUAAAAAGGAAGAUUUGAGGAAGCAACAUGUUCCUCAGUUUGAAGAAACAGGAGAAAAGCCUGUGGUCACACAGAAGUUAAUCAUCCGUAAACUCAAACCGAAAGACUCUAGCAAAAGGGUCUACCACUUGGUAGCGCAUCCUGCUAAUCCAGAUGCCGCCACAAAGCCCCUGGACUACUCCGGUCCUCAUGACAGCUUCUUAAGCAGUGGCCAGAUCCUCCCUCACCAGAUUUUGGGGAGUCUCCAGGACUUUAAAAGAAUCGCGGUGGCUCGGGGGAACACCCAGCUGGCUAAGCUGAUUCACAUCCAGCCCUGCCUGAUGACCCUCAUCUCAGCCAAAGAAGAGCCAAAGCCAAAGCCCCCCAAGGAGGAGAAGAGACCUCCUCCAUGGGCCCCACCUCCUCAGCACAACUUCCUAAAGAACUGGAGACGACACAUUGCCUUGAGGAAGAAGCAACAGGAAGCUCUCAGCGAGCACCUGAAGAAGCCAGCCAGUGAGCUGUUGAUGCACACCGGAGAGAGCUACAGGAAGAUCCAGGAGGAGCGGGAGGUCAUUGACCGUGCUCUUCCUACCCAGCAUGACGGAAAAGCAACCAAUUGGUUCUGGAGUCCGCUGGAAUACCUGGGUGAUGAGGUGACAGGUCUUCUCAUGACCAAAAAGAAAACUCAACGUGGUCUGGUGGAACCCAUCACACACAUCAGGAAGCCUCUCUCCAUCCAAGUGGAGACUGGAUUACCAGCCCAGAAGGAUGCUUGGUACCGCUAUACCUGGGACCGGAGUCUGUUUCUGAUCUACCGACGCAAAGAGCUCCGGAGUAUCAUGGCAGAGCUGGAUUUCAGUCAGCAGGAUAUCGAUAGCCUGGAGGUGGUGGGCCAUGGGAAGCCAUUCUCAUCUGUCACAGUGGAAGAACAUUUGCCACCUGAAAAGAGCCAGAAGAGCUCCUCGGAAGACACGGUAUUUCUAGACUCCUUGACCAACCUCUCCGACAUGGUCCCCAUGCCUAUCCUUGGCCCUUCGCUGCUGUUUUGUGGGAAGCCAGCUUGCUGGGUCAGAGGUAGUAACCCAGAGGACAAGAAAAACAUCGGAAUUGGUGUCCGCCUGACAUUUGAAACCCUUGAAGGGGAGAGGACGUCCUCAGAACUGACUGUGGUCAAUAACGGCACUGUGGCCAUUUGGUAUGACUGGCGAAGGAGGCCCCACCAGGAUUUUUUCCAAGACCUAAAGCAAAACAAGACGCAGAGGUUUUACUUUAACAACCGGGAAGGUGUGAUUCUGCCAGGGGAAACCAAACACUUUACCUUCUUCUUCAAGUCUUUGAAUGCUGGCAUCUUCAGGGAAUCUUGGGAGUUUGGGACCCACCCUACGCUCCUGGGAGGUGCUGUCCUUCAGGUCACCCUCCAUGCCAUCUCACUGACCCAGGACAUUUUUAUGGAUGAGAGGAAGUUGUUGGAGAGAAAGCUGGCUGCUCAUGAGGCCAUCACCAUUGCUCAGAGUGUGCUGCAGGAGUUACUGAGGGGCAUCUCCACUCCAGAGCGAACACCAUCCCCGGUGGAUGCAUAUGUCACUGAGGAGGACUUGUUCAACUACAGGAAUCCCAGGUUGCAUUACCAGCAUCAAGUGGUGCAAAACUUGCACCAGCUGUGGCAACAGUACUGGAAAGCCAAGGCAACCCAGAAGGAAACCCCCAGCCUCAGAACUCCAAUGCCGUUACUGUUGGUGGAGAAGGCCUCAGGUUCGAUAAGCCCCAGGAGCCUGGCCUCUGAACACUCACAACUGCCACCGCACCAGGAGAUGGACAUCGUCAGGAAGCCUCGGGACUCCUUCCGGUCCCCGAAGCCUAGCAUAGGCAUCAAGAGUGUGCCAUGGAAAAACAUCAUGGAGAAACUUCUGGUGGAGGAGGGUCCGGACAGGGAGACCACCAGGAGCCCCUGGGGUGCGAAAAGCCCUCCCCUGCCUAAGUGGAACCUGUGUCUAGGGGACUUCAGACAGGCAGUGAUGACCUUCCCCGAGGAGCUCCAGAGAGAGGAUGCCCUCAUCCAGCUCAACCAGGCAGCAAUGGAGCUCUGUCAGGAGCAGAAGCCACUGCAGUCGGACAGCCUAUACCAGAUGUGUUUGCAGCUGUGGCGAGACAUGAUUGACAGCCUGGUAAGCCAGUCCCUGUGGCUAAGAAAUCUUCUGGGCCUGCCCGAGAAGGAGACGGUUUAUUUGGAUCUUCCAGACGAACAAGGUCAAAAAUCCCCCCCAGUCACAGAGUCGAAGGUGACAGGUGGGAAAGCUGGGAAGGAGGAUCGGAGAGGGGGCGCACAGGAGAAGAAACAACUGGGUACCAGAGACAAAGAUGAUAAAAGGGGUUCCAAGACACCAGGGAAAGAGGACCGCCUGAAUAGCAAAAAACUCAAGCCAAAAGAUGAGAAGAAAGUGGUGAAGUCUGCAAGCCGGGACAGGCUGCUCUCAGAAGAUCCUCCCCCUGACAGCACGGCACCCUCCCAGGAGCCCAUAGACCCCCUGGUCAUGGAGAAAUAUACCCAGCGGUUGCAUGCUGAGGUCUACAGGUUGCUGGGCAACCUGGUGACAGACACGAUGGUCCUGGCUGAUGAGCUCAGCUCCACAAAGAAUGUUGAAGAGCCUUUCCGUUUUUGCAGCUGAUUCUUAGACCCAAGCUUCCUCCUGAAAAGGUGGUUUGAAAAAAAAAAAAAAAGUCAAUAAAGAAUCUUUAGGUUCCUACCA